GCCCGGCCCUUCGUCCCCCUUCUCUGUCGCUGUCUUCGUCUCCCAAACCCCAACCAAAACCCGGCGCCUUUUUCCCGUUCUAGCUCGAGCUCCCGAAACCCUAGCUCGUCUUCCUCGAGGGAUUCGCGAGGGUUUCUGGUGGUGAUGGAUCGAUACCAGAGGGUGCAGAAGCCGCGGGACGAGGAGGCGCCCAUCGCCGCCAACGAGAUACGCAUCACCGCGCAGGGCCGCACCCGCAACUACAUCACCUACGCGCUCGCCCUGCUCCAGGAGAAUGGACCAGAUGAAAUCGUCAUCAAAGCUAUGGGGAGGGCGAUAAACAAGACUGUUGACAUUGUGGAACUUCUUAAGAGAAGGAUUGCUGGCCUCCAUCAGAAUACGUCAAUUGAGUCAAUUGGUAUAACUGACGCUUGGGAACCAUUGGAAGAGGGCCUAGUACCCAUUGAAACUACUCGACGUGUUUCUCUGAUCUCAAUCACAUUAUCGAAGAAGGAACUGGACACGUCUUCCCCUGGUUACCAGCCCCCAAUUCCAGAUGACCAAGUUAGACCACCAAUUGACUUUGAUCAAGAAGGAGAAGCAUUACCAAGUGAUCGUGGAAGAGGGCGUGGCCGUCGAGGAAGGGGCAGUGGAAGAGCUAUGAGCAAUGGAGGGGCAGAUUACAAUGGUGAAGACACGGAUGGGGAUGGGGGGCGUGGAUAUGGUGGCAGUGGAAGAGGUAGACGUGGCUAUGCUGGGCCUGGAAGGGGUUAUGGUGGUGGAUACAAUGAUGGUUUUGUGAAAGAAGAAUCAGGUGGUGGCGAUGGAAUGGAUCAAGGCAUGCCACCUCCGCAAGGACGUGGUGGCAGAGGGAGGGGUAGCGGCAGAGGACGGGGUCGUGGGCGAGGACGUGCCCGUGGCCAGGAAAAUCAAGAUUAGAUUGGAUUUAUCCUCUUAGGUUUACUUGUUGGAGGCUGACAUGAUGGUUCUUGUGCCGUCAGAUGAUACUAGUUUAUCAUUUUUGUAGCUAGUUUCUUUAAUUUGCUUUGUCUAAAGAUGUGGCAUUAACUCUCUGUAGUCUAGCAUCAUCCGUAAUUUCGUGGCAAUCCGACGUCUAAAAAAUUUACUGUCUAGUGCA